UCCGCCUGCCACCCAGCUUUGCCAAUCCUAUUUACAUUUUUAAAUCAUUUUUUAAUAGAAGAAAGACAAUGUCAAUUCCGAUCCUUAAAAGGAAUUCCCAGUGUCUCAUGAAGGAAGAUGAUGAUUUGUGACUCAUAGAAUUCUUUGUUUUCUGUAGGCAACAUCAGAAAUCUUAAAAUUUCUGCUAUUUUUAGUAGAAACCAAAUUAACUUACAGUAGCUGGUUAAGCUUGAAGGGGUUUAGAUAGCGACCCCGUGGCCUGUUUAGGCUGUUUUAAGCUCCUAGGGAGCUACAGUUAUGCUGGACUAGUGGUCCAAUUCUGUUUUCUGUACACUUUCAGGAAUAUACAAAAGAGAAAGAUGUUGCUGGUUUCAUUGACAGUUUAAUACAGAAUACUCAAAGACUACAUGGUAAUGAUUUAAUAGUCUCUUGUUCUUUCUCCUAUCAGGCAUGUAGUCUUGUGCUUAGUGACUACCACGGAGAGACAAAGUUGACUUUUUCCUUGACCUCAAAAUACAGUUCUUCUGCAAAAAACCAAACAACAGAAAAAACCCUAUUAAAAUACAAGAAGAAGAUGUGACUUUUCUAUUACAUUUUUGAGGUCAUUUUUGCCUAUGAAUGCAUGGUCAAAAUCUUAAAUUUUUCAAGGCGAGGUUUAAAUCCACCACACAGGGUGAAAUCUAUCUCCAUGACAACAUUCACACAACAGGAAAUUGAAUUCCUGCAAAAACAUGGAAAUGAGGUCUGUAAACAGAUUUGGUUAGGAUUAUUUGAUGAUAGAUCUUCAGCAAUUCCAGACUUCAGGGAUCCACAAAAAGUGAAAGAAUUUCUACAAGAAAAAUAUGAAAAGAAAAGAUGGUAUGUGCCACCAGACCAAGCCAAAGUGGUAGCAUCAGUUCAUGCAUCUAUUUCAGGGUCCUCUGCCAGUAGCACAAGCAGCACACCUGAGGUCAAACCACUGAAAUCUCUUUUAGGAGAUUCAGCACCAGCACUGCACUUAAAUAGGGGCACACCUAGUCAGUCUCCUGUUGUAGGUCGCUCUCAAGGGCAGCAGCAGGAAAAGAAGCAGUUUGACCUUUUGAGUGAUCUUGGCUCAGAUAUCUUUGCUGCCCCAGCUCCUCAGUCAACAGCGACAGCCAAUUUUGCUAAUUUUGCACAUUUCAACAGUCAUGCAGCUCAGAAUUCUGCAAAUGCAGAUUUUGCAAACUUUGAUGCAUUUGGACAGUCUAGUGGUUCGAGUAAUUUUGGAGGUUUCCCCACAGCAAGUCACUCUCCUUUUCAGCCCCAAACUACAGGUGGAAGUGCUGGAUCAGUAAAUGCUAAUUUUGCUCAUUUCGAUAACUUCCCCAAAUCCUCCAGUGCUGAUUUUGGAAGCUUCAGUUCUUCCCAGAGUCAUCAAACAGCAUCAGCUGUUAGUAAAGUUUCAGCGAAUAAAGCUGGUCUACAGACGGCAGACAAAUAUGCAGCACUUGCAAAUUUAGACAAUAUCUUCAGUGCUGGACAAGGUGGUGAUCAGGGGAGUGGCUUUGGGACCACAGGUAAAGCUCCUGCUGGUUCCGUGGUUUCAGUUCCCAGUCAGUCAAGUGCAUCUUCAGACAAGUACGCAGCCCUGGCAGAACUAGACAGUGUUUUCAGUUCUGCAGCUACUUCCAAUAAUGCAUAUACUUCUACGAGUAAUGCUAGCAGCAAUGUUUUUGGAACAGUGCCAGUAGGUGCCUCUGCGCAGACACAGCCUGCUUCUUCAAGUGUACCUGCUCCAUUUGGAGCUACACCUUCCACAAAUCCAUUUGUUGCUGCUGCUGGUCCUUCUGUGCCGUCUUCUACAAAUCCAUUUCAGACCAAUACCAGAGGAGCAACAGGCCUCUCUGGAGCAAUGCACUCUCAAGUAUUUCCUCACGCUCAUUUUGCGGCAACCUUUGGCACUGCAUCCAUGAGCAUGCCUGCGGGAUUUGGUACGCCUGCUCCUUAUAGUCUUCCCACCAGCUUUAGUGGCAGCUUCCAGCAGCCUGCUUUUCCAGCUCAAGCAGCCUUCCCUCAACAGACAGCUUUUUCUCAACAGCCCAAUGGUGCAGGUUUUGCAGCAUUUGGACAAACAAAGCCAGUGGUAACCCCUUUUGGUCAAGUUGCAGCUGCUGGAGUAUCUAGUAACCCUUUUAUGACUGCUGCACCAACAGGACAAUUUCCAACAGGAAGCUCAUCAACCAAUCCUUUCUUAUAGCCUUAUAUAGACACUUUACUGGAACGAACUUUUAUGUGGUCACAUUACAUCUCUCCACCUCUUGCACUGUUGUCUUGUUUCACUGAUCUUAGCUUUAAACACAAGAGAAGUCUUUAAAAAACCUGCAUUGUGUAUUAAACAACAGGUAAUGUGUGCAAAACAGAGGGUUCCAGUAACAACUUUUAACCUGUGAAUUGGCAGAAAAAGGUAGCGGUAUCAUGUAUAUUAAAAAUUGGCUAUUAUUAAGUUAUUGCAGAUACCACAUUCAUUAUGCUGCAGUUCUGUACAUAUUUUUCUUAGAAAUUAGCUAUUUGUGCAUAUCAGUAUUUGUAACUUUAACACAUUGUUAUGUGAGAAAUGUUACUGGGGAAAUAGAUCAGCCACUUUUAAGGUGCUGUCAUAUAUCUUGGAAUGAAUGACCUAAAAUAAUUUUAACCAUUGCUACUGGAAAGUUACAAAGACAAAAUUGGAAGGUUUUAUUCAUUCUUGAAUUUUUCCUUUCUAAAGAGUUCUUCUAUUUAUACAUGCCUAAAUUCUUUAAAAAUGUUGAGGGAUACCUGUCUGCAUAUUAAAGCUGAUCAUGUUUUGCUACAGUUUGCAGGUGAAAAAAAUAAAUAUUAGAAAAUACGCUAUUGUUUUUGUGUUCUUGCUGCAAUGCCUUUACCAAAGUGGCCUUAAAUAAGAGUAGUGAAUUGAAAACAUCUUGAAUUCUUGAAUCAGAAUUUCAGAAGACUUCUAGUGACUUUUAGGUCUAACAGAGAAAAUUUUAUUAAAAGGCCAUGUAGAAAAUUUAUUAAAACUACUAUGACCGCUCUAUUCAGGAAUAUGUCAGUGGUAAAGCAUUUAAAUGUAGCUUGUCAAAUUCACCAUGAUCCUUCUAAUUUGUUUGCAACUUCUUAAUUUUGUGAAAAUUUGUAUAUAUGAAGAAUUUGCAUGUAUGUGUAUUUACAAAUUUUUUUAAGUACCUUGAAUUCUGAGACUGAAAAUGCAAAAGGCCUAUUUUAACUAUUGAUUUUUUAAAAAAUAUUGUCUUUGAAUGUAUUGGAAGCAGACAUGCAUUAACUGUGACAUGAUUGCACCUCAAUUUUUUUUCUUUAUUGGACAAAUUGAUAUUAUCAGUAGGACAUUUGUUUGUUUAUUUUGCGGGGGGGGGGAGAAACUGGAAUGUUAACCAGAAUACCCAAUGUUACGUUAAAGUUAUAGAAUACUUUGAUUGUAAAGGCAGUGAUACUAAUGUUUAGUUAUAUCUUUCUGUUGAUAGUCAAAUGAACAUGUUUAAAUAUUUAUGUACAGUAAUGCCUCAUUUAUUCAGAGAUAAUCUGGAAAUCUCAUCAAAAUGGAACAUACCUGAGAAACUUGUAAUAGUUUUUUUUUUUAAUGCUUCUGAACAACCUACUUAAGUCACAAAGUCUAUACAUUAGGCUCAUGCAUUUGUUUUUAUGUGAGAUUUUAAUAAUUUUGACUAUUUGAUUUCCCACCCCAUAGCUUAUUAACAGUUCAGAAGAGAUGGCUUGAAAAAGGAGACUGAAAAAAACUGAAUAAAAUAUGGUAUCCAAGACCUUGUAGUGUAGGGACAGCCCACCCAGCCUAGAGGACAUCAACGUAUAACAUCAUCUUCUGAUAAUUGUCUGUUGUUAUGACUCUGUCAUCAAGAGAAGGUGAAAUUAUGAUCAACAUAAAUAUGUAAUACAUGCUUGAAAAGUUUUAUCUUAAAGUGAUUAAAAUUUUUAAAAAAGCCUUUGUCUUAAGAGAAGUGAACAUCAGUUUCCUCAAACAUUUUAUUCGAGUUGAAUACCUUUUCCAGUGGUGGCUAUAUGAGUUGUUAUCACAGUAGGAUUUUAAAUUCUGUAUAGUGUUUUACACUUGUUUCAGCGUUGCUCUCCAGCGCACAUCUAGCUGAAUGUGUGAUUACCUGAACCAUUUUGAUAAGCAAGAUGACUAGGAAACCUCUGCCCUUUUUCUGAGCAGUUUGACUCUUCUCUGAGAAUUAAAUGAAUGCUGCAAAGGUCCAGGUGUGUGGUGUUGUGUACUUGAAAUGCCUCUAUGUUUAGGGGGAGUUCUCUCCAGCUCCUUUUACAUGAGGGAAAAUUUAAGAAAUGUCUUUGAAUGUCUAUGUUUUAGAUUGUAUCAGGUCCCAAUCAAUUCAUAUGUACAAACUGAUACAAAUGUAGGCCAUUGCCCAAAUAACCCACCAGGCUUACCAUCUAAGCAACAAGUAAAUUAAACAGUUGUUAUCAAAAUAAUUUUAAAGACUUUUAUUUUUCUGGUGAAUCUUAAAGUUUGUAAUUAAAUGGGAACUCUUAGUUGACUUUUUAAAAUGAGUGCUUAUAAAAUCAAAGUGCUUAGUUUAAGAAGAGAUCCAGCUUUAAAAAUGGAUUCUCUCUUGAUCUUGUUUACUGUUGUAAAGAAAUCAACUUGCACUACAGUUUUGUAUUUAGAUUUGCUUCUAAUUAUAUAUAGAAUGUCAGAAUUGUGUUGCGUGCUGAAAGAAGAAAAUUCUUGAAGGUGUUAAGACUGAUCACCUUCAAGUUUCUUAACUUGCCGGUUGAAUCAGAUCUUCUCAUUUCUUUUAAACUUUCUUUUAAAUUCUUUUCUUUUAAACUAUGUCAAACUUCUCUUUUUUACUUUACCUUUAAGGUGUCCCUCCCCUCAACACACACUGUUUUCGGUACAGUUCUGGUAAAUUGGGCAAAAUGGAAAGAGUAAUGGACUGUCUUUACCCCCCUGUACCAGUAGUUCUCAGACAUUUUACAAAUUGUUGAAGACUCCAAAGAGCUUUUGUUUAUGUGACUUAUAGCUAUCUAAAUUUAUUGUAUUAGAAAAAAGUACUGAGACAUUUAAAAAAUGUUUAUUUGUUUAAGAAAUAAUAAACCCAUUAAUUACAUGUUAUAAAUAGCAUUUUUAAUGGAAAUAAACACUUCAAAACAAUUAAAAUUAAUGAGAAGGACAUUGUUUUACAUUUUUGCACAUCUCUUUAAUGUCAGGCUUUAAAGAAGCAGUGGGCUUCAUACUGCUACAUUCAGACUCUUGGUGUCACACAUCAUUAGAUGCUGAAACACUCCACUGUGCACUUGUGAGAUAAUAAGAGUGGGAAAGACAUAUAGCAUCUUAGUGUUACUAUGGAAAUAGUUUUGCACAGUUCUUGAGAAGGUCUUGAGAACCACUGUGCUACACUUUUAAAUUUUUAUACAUACUACUGCUUAAGUUUGAUUGAUUGAUUGAUUGAUGCCUGAUGGGCAUGUAACUUAUUUGAACUGAAAUGCCAUUUAAAAUUGCACAAUUUUUUUUAACGUAGUUGUCUGAAUUUUCUUGCUUCUAGUUUUAUUUUGAGAGUGUUUUGAUAAUGAUGAAGUUGGAGGAUAUCUCCAAUGUAGAACAUUUUGGAAAAAUUUUAAAUGGAUAUAGGUGUUUAUUUUGGAAUCAUGUAUUCUCAUCUUUUUGAAAUGGUUUACUUCUUAACUAAGUAAAAGGUCUGCUCUGGCUUUUUUUUAUUAUUAUUAUUAUUUUUUAUUUUAAAUAAGCCAAAGGUUUUUACACUUUGUCCAUUUCAAGAGGGCACUUGCUGUUGCUUCUCAUUUAAAUAAAACGUUUUUGACAUGUU